AACUGGGCUGUCUGCAUGCAGCUACAGGGUUUGGGGGUUUAAAUCCACUCUGCACUGGGUGCCAACACCUUACCUCUGCGCAGCACCUCUAAUCGCCAACUGCAAACGGACGCUUUCCUACCAUUUUUUUAACAUCUAUUUCGCUUUCGGGUUGUUCUUUGGGCUAGGCCUUGCCAAAGCCUUAACUUGGGGAAAGUGCCAGAGUUUGUCAGUUGGCAGAACCAUCCCACGGGCGUGUAGUAGGGGAUUCUCAAGGAGGGAGAGAGAAAAGAAACAAAUAUUGUCAGUGGAUCGGAUUCUUUAUCUCUCUAUAUGAUAGCCAGUGAAGCUGAAGUCUAUAGCUACUAUGAGCACCAUACUCUAGACCAUAGUCAGCAUACAGCACAUAACUAAACAACUGGACUAGACUGCAUUUCUGACAGCUGAAGGGCUGUUACCUUUUGACUAAAGAAUUUGUUCUCAAGGUGACGAAAUUGUCUAGGUCUUACAUCUGGUGGUGAAUGGAUUGUGGGAAGUCCGCUUCUACAAUGGACUACCGUCAGUUAUACUACAAGACACUGCCAAGGCGGAAGAAAAGAGAUCACAACCUGUUCGGGGCUGACACGGUGGAGGACAAGAUUGACCGGCUGGAGAAUGACAAGGAGAGCCUCAUCCUCCAGGUGGGCGUCCUCACUGACCAGGUAGAGGCCCAGGGUGACAAGAUACUCGAGCUCGAGUCUAACCUGGAUGAGAAGCACUGCAAGCUCCAGACAGCUGAACACCUGCUGGAAAAUCCAUGGGACUAUUAUGGGCCGGAUACCACUCAGGAACCAGACUCUCUCUUUUCUGUCCCUCCUUGUCAUCCCGACCUGCAGCCCGGGUCUCAGGAACUGCUGUCAAGAACAUCUCUGGAGACGCACAAACUUGACCUGAUGGCGGAGAUUUCCACUCUGAAGAUCAAGCUGGCCACGUCUGAGAAAGACAGGCGAAUUCUGGAGGACAAGUACCAGUCAGCACAGUAUCACAUCUCUGACUUGGAGAUGAAACUGAAGCUGAAAGAUGCUGAAAUUGCUGAGCUGAAACACCGCCUGGCCAGAAAUGGGAUUGUGAUGUCCAGUGAAACAUCAGGUGAUGUCUCUAAAGAUCGCACUCUUGAAAAAGAGCGAACACUGGAAAGACUAAAACGGAAACAAACUGAAGUGGAGAAGUUAAAGAAAGCUGUUGACUCGCUGAUGGUGUCCAAUGAGGACAAGGAUAAGAGGAUAGAUGACCUAAGGAAGAAUCUGAGGAGGUACAAGAAGGUGGAGGAGAUGGUAGUAAAGGCACAGGGCAGGAAAGCUCUGGACGACCUCUUGAUCCUGGAUGAUGACUCAAGCUCCACAAGCUCUAAUGCACCAUCCAUCAACAACGACACUGUCAGGGACCACGCACAGAACGGCCAUAUGGUGAUGUCAGAUGAUGGGCGGUUCCACUCUAAACACGGUAUGCCUCACCCUGCUGCCACAAGUACCCCAGUAAAUUAUGCAGACCAGCCCCAGUCCCACAAACCUCUUCACCAUAACGGAGGCAGUCCCCCCUCAGUUAUCUCCAGCUCCACCCCCACACGGACGAUAGUACGGUCUAACAGCUUAGAGGACCUCAAUCCACAAAAACCUAAGCAACCCAUUCUGCCUUUCCUCACCCCUCCUAACUCCAAGCGACAUAACAUACAGCCUGGCUAUGGUACGUUACCUAAAGAACCCAGUGUCGAAGAUCGUGACAAAAAGCCAAGAGGCUUGCCAACACUUGGUAAAACUUUUUUGCGAAUAAAGUCGGGGAAACGGAGCUGCUCUGCGCCUAACCUUGGUGAAGUGAGCUCAGAAGAGAGUGAUGAAAUUCACCACAGAUAUGCAGGCAUCGCGAAUGGAGGAACAGUACCAUACGAGACUAAGAAAAAGAAAGGCUUACGAAGGUUCUUUGGGAAAUUGAAGAGGAGCAGUUCCCAAAACCUUGGAGACAGGCCUGAAGAGUUUAAGCGUGGAGGUGUGAGGGCCACGGCUGGACCUAGACUCGGCUGGUCCAGGGAUAUCAAGGGACCAGGGGACAUGAACGUCCCAUUUGCGCGCUGGGACACAGACCGAGUGAUGUCCUGGAUGCACGACAUCGGCUUGAACAUGUAUGUGGCUGAUUGUCGGCGUUGGGUGAAGAAUGGAGAGCAGCUUUUGCGAGCCUCUCCACACGACUUGGAAAAGGAGUUGGGUUUGAAGAAUCCCCUUCACAGGAAAAAGUUACAGCUGGCAUUACAGGCUGUAGGUUCAGGCUCCACGGAUAAGUUUGGGGAAAUUGACCAAGACUGGGUGACAAAGUGGUUAGAUGACAUAGGACUUCCCCAGUACAAAGAUAGUUUUUAUGAUGGCAGAAUGGAUGGGAGAAUGUUGCACUAUUGUACAGUGGAGGACCUGUUACACCUGAAGGUAACAAGUGAGCUUCAUCACACCAGCAUCAAGCGUGGAAUACAGAUCCUACGACUGAACAACUUCAACCCCACUUGUCUGAGACGCAGGCCCUUACCAGAGGAGGCAGAGGUUCAGGGUAAGCCACAGUACGUGGCCUUGUGGACCAACCACCGAGUGAUGGAGUGGCUGAGAACCAUAGAUCUGUCAGAGUACGCCCCUAACCUCAGGGGCAGUGGGGUGCACGGGGCACUCAUGAUACUGGAGCCAAGGUUCAAUGCCGAGUUGUUUGCUCAGAUUCUCUCUAUACCCACCAAUAAGACGUUGCUACGACGACAUCUGAACACUCAUUUUGUGGCUCUGAUUGGCCAAGAGACUCAGAUGAGGAAGCGAGAGUACGAGUCGUCUCCAGGUUUUGUCCCAUUGGCUAUCAAUGGCAAAGUUAAGCACAAGAAGUUCGGAAUAUUUGGCCACAAGAGGAGUAAGUCUGACUCAGAGUGUGAAGGAUUCGUCUGCCCGAUGGACAUCAGCGGGACGGGCAAACAGAAUGGCUCAACACGCAAUGGCAAACCCCUGACCAAAGCUGAGAAAGAGCAAGCAGAAAAAGCUGCCAAAGAAAUUGGUGCCGUAUCAAAAGAAAUCAGUUCAUUGACGACAAUGUUGACAUCAGACACAUUCGAAAAUGUUCCAGUGUCAAAUGUAUGAAACAAAAGAAUGCAGUGGAAGAGGGAGUUUGUGUGAAUGGUACAUUGUUCUGAUUUGGAUGUACCACGACAUGUGGAUUACCCAGUAUGUUGAGACACUACGUGGUUGUGAGAUAAGGUCGGGGACAGGGAUGGAGAGAGGACCCCAGUCCCGUGUCAUGGGCAGAAUGUGAUAAUGUUCCCACGGGCAUGUCAUUAGCAUUGAUCAACAUUGUUACAGUUAAUGUUACAUUUUAUUCAUACAAGUUGCAUGGUUGCAAUAAUGCUACAUUCAUAUAGUAAUAAUGGUCGUAUUUUGUGUGUGUUUCUUGUCCCUGCCGUGGCACAUCUGUCAGCUGGCACCGUCAUCUGCUCCACCCUUGUCUCAGUGAUGUGGGAGCUUCCGAUUUACCAUCACUAAAGAUGUUGACAUUUUAAUACGCAUUUUUCGGUUGACUGUUGAGAUAACUGUUGAUUCAGGAUAAACAAACAAACAACGAUAUUUCAUGUGGUAUUAUGAGGUGAUAUACAUUCUUCCUGGAGUACACAUACAUUUAUAGCUACUCUGUGUUCAGUGAGAAAACAAUAGCUCAAAAUGAGAUAAAAUCAGUGUAUUGACUGAAAAUAAAAAUAAAAUGAUGUGUGAAGUGGUAGUGGUAGAACAAAAGUUGUCUAACUUGGUGCUAUUUGGUCUGACUGUGAAUGGACCAAUCAUUUGUAGAUUUGUAGUAAGUGUGAUGUGCUUAUGUGACAGAAAACCUUUGUAGAUUUACUUAUAUGAUCUGUAUAGAAAAUUUCAGUUCCAAAGGUACUUUUUUUGCAUCCUUCACAAAUGAAUAGGAAUUUUUCAGUGAUAUUUUGUGUAUUGUUACGUAACAAAAUUCCUCCUAAAGCCAAAAUAUUGAAAUAUCCAUUACAGGGUAAACAUUAUUGAAUCGUUCAAGUUUCCCAUGCUAUAGGGAACAGAAUUGUAAACAAAACAACAACAAAAAAAGAAGAAAAGAAAAAUGACACCUGAAAAAGUCAUUAAUACCCUUUAAAGGAUAGUUAAAAGUUGCUGUAUGAUAAGUAUUCUCCAGACCAUGACCUGUUUAUUUUGUUAAGUGUGAAGAAGACGGGUGUUGCUGCAGCUGUUGUUUAUAGCCUGAUGUUAGCAGGUACUCACCUGUCUUGCUAGCUUACACCUUUACCUCACCAUUCACUGGAAAUGGCACUAUCUAUGCAAACUGUGACGGGAGUUCGGGGGGAGGGAGUUGUGGGUUGAUUUGGUGAGAGAGUGGUUAAUGAGUGAAGGUAAGCUGGGGUUAAUGAUCCGUGUCAAAACAUUCAUAGGGAAGAUAAGCUUUCACUUGCACUUUUUGUGUGGUAAUGUCUUGAGAAAUCAUAAUUAAACUGUUGAGAACUGAAGUAGCCUACUGUCUGAAUGAAAGUAAUGAAAUUGAUUCAUGCCUUGUAAUCAAGCAGUGCUGAUGCGGUGUUUACUGGCACAGAUGUUCCCCUCACAUACCUGACUGACCACUCCUCAAUACAGUGUGCUGGUCACUUCUACUCACACAUCUUCACACAAAAGCUAUUGGUAUUUACAGUACUGUUAUCAAUUUGGAUAGAAUUUGUUUAUUUCAAAAUUACCAAAGUUGUUCAGAUGUUUAGUGUGCCUUCUAUACUGUUGCCUCGCUGACCUGAGAAACCAGCACAGAAUUUCAAUGGCUCUCUUGUGUAAAUAUUUUCUUACUUUUGAUAUUAUCUUAUCGAUCUGUUUAUAUAUUGGCUGUAUUGUCUCUUUUCCAGUACAAUGGCCUGUGUACAUAAAUCUCUGAACUUGUACAUAAACUUCCUCAUGGUCAGCUAAUUUAGAUUUUUCCAGAUCUAUCCCAUCAUUAUUUUUAAAGUUUGCAAACCUGUAUUCUCUGCUAUUUUAAGUUCAUUGUGUAGAGAGAAUGUGCAACGUAUGUAAGAGAAUUCCAGUGCUACCUGUUGUGACCGCAAAGUUGUAACUUUACACUGACUGGCAUUUAAUGUGCAUCAUGUGACACAUGGACAAGCCUUAUUUGAGGAUCAUCAGUCAGGUUUGCAACAGCCUUGUAUAAAGUACGUAGCAAUAUCUUUAUGUUAAUGAUGCCUGAUGAUAUGUAUAUGUACAUCACUAAAUAGGCUGACCACAAAUAGGAAAGCUGGGCCAAUGUGUUCUUAACUAAGCUGUGUUUUAUUCAUGCAAGUGUGAUGACAUUUCAUAAGUGUUUGCCACACACACCUUCACCUACCGAUACUGCUGAAUUUAUAUUUGAAAAAAAAAAGUGCUUUUUAAAUACAAUGUAUUCUUAAAAACUGUUUGCAGCCAUUUCAAAUAUCUCUGUCUACUCCAAAUGUGAAGCCUAAUUUGUAUCAUUUUAAAUUCGUUGAAAAUUCAUUAAUUCAUUGUACUGGGUUUUAGGUCUGUAUUUAGUUUUAUACACAGGUUGUAAAGUUUGUUAAUGGUCUGAGUUCAUUACAAAAUCAAUCUGGGCCACCAUGAUGUAAGUGGAUGCACCAGUUAUACAGGUAGCUGACGUGAAAAAGACAAAUAUAUUUUGCCAAUGUU